GGCCUCUCGUUGAAACGCCAUAUACUGGAAGAUACCUCCAACAAUAGGCCAACAAAAUUCUACAGACAAGAAGAUGGCACCCUUGCGCUACCCCCUUUAAAUACCUACUUCCCCAGACCUCCUUUUCCAUAUGCCACACUAGAUAACCAACCCUUUUCACCUGUGAACAAAGAAUACCACCCUGUGAACUACAUUGUUACUGAACCUGAUGACUCCCAAACUUCUGAACAUGAUCCCCUUAACACCCCAGACACUUUUGGUAGGAAACUCCUCAGAAAGUUCACAUGCAUAAAAAUAAUCAAGGAGUUUAAUGUUCUUUAUGAAUUUCAGUUUGAAUGGACAAUCGACUGA